UGCUUUUCGAUCAUUCUCUUCCCCGUCUCUUUCUUGUGUUGCAUACUUUUUAGACCAUAGCAUAGAUAUAAAACUCGCAAAGUCACACCAAUUCUCGAAAGACAACGACUCCAAGCCAUUGACGAAAUCCCACUACCCCGCAGCUCCCAGUGACCAUGGCGCCCCCGGAAUUCAGCCAGGAGCAACUGGAUGAGAUCUAUGCCUUUGCCGUGGACCUUGGUCGCAAGGCUGGCCAGCUUCUGCUGGAGAGCGUAGAGAAGCGCCUCGAUGGUGGAAGCCAGGAAAUUGAGGAGAAAGACAGCGCCGUGGACAUCGUGACUCAGACGGACGAAGAUGUCGAAGUCUUCAUUAAAACGUCCAUUCAGGACAAAUACCCCUCACACAAAUUCCUCGGAGAAGAGUCAUACGCCAAAGGACAGUCCCGCGCGUAUCUGAUCGAUGAGCACCCGACGUGGUGCAUCGACCCUCUCGAUGGAACGGUCAACUUCACCCACAUCUUCCCCAUGUUCUGCGUCUCGAUCGGCUUCAUCGUCAACCACCGCCCCGUCAUCGGCGUCAUCUACGCCCCCUUCCAAGACCAGCUCUUCUCCUCGUGCCUCAACCGUGGCGCCUGGCUGAACGAGAAGCGCCGCCUCCCCCUCAUCCACAAACCGUCCAUCCCGCCGAUGCCGCCCAACGCCCCCGGCAAAUGCAUCCUGUCCUGCGAAUGGGGCAAGGACCGCCGCGACAUCCCCGACGGCAACAUGUACCGCAAGAUCGAGAGCUUCCUGAACCUGGCCGCUGAGACUGGCAGCCGUGGCGGCAAGGGCGGCAUGGUGCACGGUGUGCGCAGUCUGGGCAGUGCCACCUUGGACCUGGCCUAUACGGCGAUGGGGUCGUUUGAUAUCUGGUGGGAGGGUGGUUGUUGGGAGUGGGAUGUGGCGGCGGGUAUCGCCAUUCUCCUCGAGGCUGGUGGACUGGUUACGACGGCCAAUCCCCCGGAGAACCCUGAUACGGCUCCUAUCGAGGAUGUCAAGUUGGGAAGUCGCUUGUAUCUCGGUAUCAGACCCGCCGGGCCGUCGGAGACUGAGACCGGGCGCCAGUCGCAAGAGCGCACGGUGCGCGAAGUAUGGAAGCGUGUGCGACAGCUGGACUUUUCCCGGCCGGGGGCCUGAGGUCUUUCGUCUACAUAUAUAAACAACCGUAAAGUGAUACCUUAGACAUGUAUAGAGCUAUUCGUCUACGAG